AAUCUAAUCAUUGAAUCUCAUAAAACACGAGUCUGAAAGUGGAAUUUUUAUAGCAAAAUGUUCUGCCAAAGUUGUGGAACAAAGCUUUUGGAUAAAGCCAAAUUUUGCCACAACUGUGGAUUUUGUGCAUUAUCAGAUGUCGAAAUAGGCUCAAAACCUCCAAGCAAGACCAUUGGAGUAAAGCCCCUUUCAUUUGAAGAGUUUCGUAAGAAGAAAGAGGAAGACAGAUCAUCAAAAUUUAAGCCAAAACCUGGUGGAAAAAAAGCAAAGUUGUCAAAAGAGGUGAAGGUGCAGGUUGGAAUUGUGAAUGACAAAAAUGGAGAUGGAUGGUGUAUUGGUAAGGGUGAAGUCAAGGACAAUAACAAUUGCAGUUGAUGAAGAUGUUGAUGGAAAUGCUCUUCUUGAAAAAGCAAUUGAUAAACAUUCAAGACAUCAUAAACAAUUUAACAAGUAUAAAAAAUAUGUUCUUUUGUAUAAUGACAUGUCAAUUGUGAGGUAUUUACCCCAGACCAACAUACCAUUUGUGCUUUCAAAAUAUAAAGAAGAUUUGUUGCUGCCAUACUCCAAAAUGUAUUUCUGGCUAUGUACAGAAGAUGAUUUUGAAAAUUCAAUUUCUGAUGAAAGUUCUGACAAGGAACUUGAAGAGAUUUCGAUGAAGUAUCAUGAGUCUCAACCUUCAACAUCAAAGUCAUUGGCCACAACAGGU